AAUUUGGCCGGCAUUCUGAUGUUAAGUAAAUGGUGAACUUUGUGGUUGUGUCGUUUUCGUAUGUAUGGAGUGAUUAUUUACAGAGAAUUGUCUAAGGCUUAUUUAGAUGAAUACGAAGUUUUUAAAAAUGCCAGUUAUGAAAGAUUCAAAUAUUGUUAAAAUUGCGGUGCAGAUGAGUGAAAAAGUGCCACAGUUGAUUGAAUUUAAUCAGAGACAGCCUUUGACAGCUAUAAUUCAGGAACUGUGUAGUGGUUGGGGAGUGUCAGAUCCUGACCAGUAUGCGUUACAGUUUUCUGAGACGAACGAUGAAAAUUAUAUAACGGAAAAAAAUCGGAAUGAAAUAAAAAAUGGCUCAGUUCUGAAACUUACAUUUUCACCUUCCACCACUGCUCAUGAUAUCCUUCAGAAACUAAAUUCUGGGACUGUGGAAGAUAAGAGUGUUGCUUUCGAAAAAUUGUCUAAUCUUAGCAGAGACGUGACGUUUGCUUUGGAAUUUAUAAAUAAACAAGGACUAGCUCUCAUUAUAAGUUCAAUUGAGGGUGGUAAAUCCAAAGGAAACAUGUUAGCUCAUUCUCUAAUUUCUUUCAUGGAAUUAAUGGACCACGGUAUUGUUUCGUGGGAUAUUCUCGAGCCGCAUUUUAUAAAUAAAAUUGCGAGUUACGUAAACAAUCAAUCAAUUGCUCAAGACCCAAGGAUUAUUCAAAUUUCAUUGUCAAUUUUGGAAAACAUAGUGUUAAAUAGUAGUUCCGGGAAGUAUGCUUUAGUAGAAAAGGAAGUGACCUAUCCUAAUCUUGUGAUGCAUUUGCAAAGUUCAAAUCAGGUUAUUCAGCAGAAUGCCAUUGCACUGAUUAAUGCUUUACUUUUAAAAGCUGAUUUUGCGAAGAGGAAAUCUGUGGCAGCUACGUUGUAUUCUAAACAAGUGCGAAGUGUUAUUCUGUCAAAUGUUAUCCAGUCAUCACCUGGAGGGGUUGGUGCAGAAAUGGCUCAUCAAUUUUAUGUCCUUGAAACUUUGACAUUGGGUCUUCUGGAACAACGUAUGCAUACUAAGAUGGACCCUCAAGAUCAAGAUGCUCAUGAUAAAAUAAAAGAACUCCGCCGUAUUGCGUUUGACACUGAUGGGUACGGCACUGGUGGUGAUGGUUCUGCGAGACGACAACUCGGCGUUUUUGCUAAAGACUACAAGAAAUUAGGAUUUAAGUAUGAUAUAAAUCCAGCUCUGGAUUUUACAGAAACACCACCUGGAAUGUUGGCUCUUGACUGCAUGGUUUAUUUUGCACGUAAUCAUCCCUGUGAUUACACUAAG